AUGGUACUACUCAAAUCCACCUCCGUCUCCACCAUCGGAGUAGGACCAGCCCCAGUAAGUGUGGGAACACGCUCUGAUUACUGUAACUUAUAUUUGAUACUGUAGUUUGUUGUUUUAUCGUUGUUUAUAUUUAUUUAGAUAUUCGCUUUCAUUAGAUGAAACUGUCAAUUAUAACUUGAUUAACCUUAUAGUUAUCAAAGUCCGUAUCCACCCCCAACGUUCGAUCCUACAAGCCAUAUUGGCCCACCUUCAAAACAUAUUACCCAUGCCGUUAUUACGCUGAUUCUAGUUUGGUUAGUUUAUAAUAUGGCUUUAUCUAAACCGGAUCUUUUUCCAACUUUCAACGUUUAAAACUUAAAUUAUUACUAUUCAAUAACAUAGUAGUGUUGUAGUAUAUCGUAUACUGUAACUUCAAAAUAUGCAAAUUUUAAAACCAAAGGUUGAACUAUCGAUGUUCUGUUUCAGUACGAUGUCUGUUGGGCGUAUCGUAACAGAUACCACAAUGCCUACUACAGCUACAAGUACCCACGGUAUUCCUACCGCGCUGUAGGAACUCCACUGUACGGUUACUACGGUAAUGGAGCCUACAUCCCCAGAAACCGAAGUUAUUAGUAAGUAUAUUCGAACCGUAUCUUUUGUGUAUUGUAUAAUCCUUGUGAACAUUGCAAUGUAUGGUAAAGUAGUUUGCAAAAUAAUCUUUACAAAAACUUUGUUUCCAGUAACGCCGAUGGCUACCCGUACAAAGGCUACUACUACAACUCGAACAACUUCGACACGUACUAUCUGAGCCCGUACUAUCUCCCGAACCGUACCUUUGUUUGA